UUUAGUUCAGAAUUAGUUUUUGCAACCUAAUGAUAUGAAAUUAAAUGUAUAUAUAUUUUUUCCCUCUGAUGCAGAAAUCUUGAAACUUGAUCCUAACUUCUAAGAACAAGACAAGAGGAAAGAUUUCUACAAUGUUGAAAAAAGUUAUGUACAAUAUCCCUUCUUUUUGUGGUAUAGGUGUAUCACCCAAAAUGAGGAGCUCAAGGAGCAUUGAAGAGGUGAUGACUUUAUUCUAAGUUUCAUACAAAACAUUCCUUCUGAAAUACUAAAGAGCUGAGAAACAAUAUUUUGUCUCUACCCUAUAUUUGAAAGAUUAUGAGUAGUUUUAAAUGGAGUAGGAUGAGGAAGUUCUCUCAGUGGGUAUUCUUAUAGUCUGCAUGACAAAUGUAACAAAAGCUUCAUAUUCAUAUUCCAACACUUCACAAUCUCAUCUUUCUAAAAAAAAUCACCAGGUGACUGAUUAUGAUUGGAAAGGUGUGUGUAAUGCUGUUUUGUUUGGAAAGGAAAAAUUAAGAACAAAGCUACUGAAAGUGACAAUACAGCACCACAAAACCAUUUUUUAUUUGAGUGUGUCAUUCUCCAGCCUUAGCAAUAAAAAAAAAACAUCCCUGUACAAAAGGGAUGGAUCAGUUAGCUUGCUGCUGAGGGUAGAAUGGUGUGAUUUCUGUCAGCAGAUGUAUAGGAGCUCGGUGUCAGAGACUUGUAAGCCAACUUAAAUCCUGCUUAGCAAUCAAGAGAAAAACAUUACUGUUUAAUAUUUAAACAAAUUGUUUUAUGUUUGAACAGAAAAAAUAUUUUUCUGCAUGAUAAACUAGAUGAAAGAAUAGUUUAGAGCAGUUCACAGAGAAAUAACAAGAAAUAAUGGGAUAAAAUUCAGUGAAGAAAAGAGGAUGAAAAGCAGACAAAAUAUGUAGGUGGUCAGUUAAUACAUCACAUUGUUUCUGCAGACUCAGGAAGAAAAUGGAUCCCUGCAGUUCACAAUAUUUAGACUAGAUUAAGUAAUCUGUGAUACUCUGUACAGUAUAAUUCCAUAUGAAUUGUAAAAGAAAUCAGCCCAACAUACAAUUUAGCAAGUUUAGAACUUCUUUUCUGUCUAUGAAAUUUGAUUUCAGUCCCAGGACCAGCAUAUGUUGCAGCAACAUUAGCAAUUCAGUAAAUUUGUAGAUUUUGCUCUUCUAAGUGCUCUAUGUUUAUGCAUAUGGAGUCAGUAUUACAGAGAGGAAGUCUUCUUCAUCACCCAAGCUUCAGAUUAGACAAACCAUUUAACACUGAUCAUGAUUUAAUUUCUCAGACUGUGAUUUUCAAAAUAGCAUAUCCCAGGAAUUUCAAAGGAAAGUAAGUGUUUGAAUUCUCAGGGCUGUGCUGAACAUUGCGUUUUAAGCAGAAGAGUGGUGCUGACAAGUGCUCCUGGUAAACUACAAAACUCAGGCUCAACUCAACCAAAUUUCUAAAAGAUAUGUUAACACGCAGUUUGCUAGUCUGAUUGGAUGAGCAAAUGGCUGCCAGGCAUAUCCUUCUAUAUUUGCCUGUAUUGAUAGUCUCUGUAUCUCAUCAUGGUGCUUUUUAAUUCAUAGCAGUUGUUUGGUCUUGCGGAAGUCUGUGGAAAUCAUUCACCGUAUUAAGUCCAUAAUAUUUAUGUCUUAAAGAUUUAACUUUGGUGAGUUGAAUCAUUCAGCACCAGGAAGGCCUUUUGUUUUACAGUUAAAUACACAGUUUCCCAGAAACUUGGAUCUGGCUUUAGUUAUUAUUGUUUAGUAAAUUUAGGCCUUUUCUUUGUUAAUGACUAUGGAAACUUGUAGGAUAAGUAACAAUUUCCCAUAGUUAUUUGCUGAAAUUAUUCUCAGAAUCCUUCUUUGGGACACGUUUUUGCUGUAGAUGAAGAUACCAACAUUCCCAGCCUCACUGGAGUGAUUAGUAGGUUUUCUAACACAGAGAUUUCUCUUAAAUGCAUUACUCUGAAGUUAGGUAUUAGGUAAUUAUUGUCCACUGGGAGACUGAAUCAGCAGCUUUUGCUAUACCUAGUGCUCCAAGUCUUCUAACCUUGCUUUCACCGGUUAGCAUAAGAGAUGCCCCCAGUACUGUGAAAUAUUCAGUGCUUUUGUUGAUGGUUUUCAGAUAUCUCCUUUCAGUUUCAACUAUAAACUGCAGCUGCAGCAUGAAUAGAGGUGAGCACAUUGCACAGGAGUAGGGAAGGAGGGAUUUUUGUGCUUCUUUGCUCCUCAGACAGAGUUGACAGGGAAGGAGAACUUCUUGUUCUUGUUGAAGCUGGAUGGUCUUCUCCUCCUGUUAGGUAACUUUUUUAUUACUUCACCUCAAUUUGGAUGUGGCAUAUGAACAUUUGCUAUUUUUUUCCUGUGUGUAAAAUUAGUUUCACUAUUACAUUAUUCUCCAUGGUAAUGAGAUAAUACUCAAUGAAAGACAGAAUGUAUUUUGACAGAUCUCUGGACAUGGAAUUACAUGCUGACUCAUGUGUGAGUCAGAGAUAGAUUCAGGUAGAGAUUUUCAGAGGUACAAAUGGAUGUCUGGGGUUUCAAAUUACAUACAGAAGAGAGCUGCAUUUGGAUGUUUUAGCUUCCAAAGGGUAGGGAAUGUACUCAAAUGGAUACACUGUGAAGACAGCUGCUUUUUCUGGAAGGAAAAUUUAUCAGCACAGAGGCUGCAAUGGAACAACGAAGGUAGUAAAGUCAGGGAGCAAAGAAGGAUUUUUGUAUACUUUGUCUAUUUCUGUAAUGUAACUUUUCCUCAUUUCUACUAGCAGAGCCAUUGCCAUGGUGAUAUAGAUAUUAGUGCGCCUGGUUCCUUCCUGUUUUUCUGUUGUAGAUUAUUGGCACUAUAAUGCUCUGACCAGAGGUAACAGAGAGUACCUAUGGAUGUCUUCCGCAGCAAGUAAAGAGCUAUCCCAGAUAAUGCCAGCUUCCACAGGAACACCAAAGGUGCAGAGCACAACCUUCCAGAGAGCUGGAAGUGCUGACCUCUUCUUUCUCCACACUUCAGGGUCACCACACUGCAGGGCACAGAAUUCCGAAGAAGGGACAAAAAGAGAAGAGAGUGAAUAUUUUCCUCUCCAGGCUAGGCUUCUGUCAGACUUGGACUUCCCUGGGUGACCAUGCAGGCAUGUCUAUGAAGCGGGUUGGCUGGCAAAAGGAAAGUGUCUACUUUCCAUAGCCACCACCCACUCUUGAUAGGUGACACCUUCUGCCAAAUCAUCUAGAGGAAGGAACGGAAAAUGAUUUGUCCAGCAGACAGAAAACCUACCAGUAUCAUCUAUGCCAGCAUCUUCUGCAAGAAAUGAGCCAGUGAGCCUCACAUCUGUGCCUGGGAAGAUCACAGAGCAGAUCCUCCUAGAAGAUAUGCUAAGGCACAUGAGGGAUGAGCAGGUGAUCUGAAACAGCCAGUACAGCUUCUCCAAAAACAGAUCAUGCCUGACCAACCUGGUGGCCUUCCAUUAUGAAAGGAUGGCAUCAGUGUACUAAGAAAGAGCAACUGAUGUCAUCUACCUGGACAUGUGUAAGGCCUUUGCUGUAGUCCCACAUCACAUCCUUAUGUCUAAAUUGGAGAGGUACACAUUUGUAGGGUGGACUAUUAGAUGGAUGAAGAAUUGGUUGGUUGGUCAUAGGCAGAGGGUUGUAGUCAAUGGCUCUAUGUCCAGGUUGAGGCCAAUCAUGAGUGGUUUCCUCCAGGGGUCCAUCUUGGGACUGGUACACUUCAACGUCUUUAUCAAUUACAUAGACAGUGGGAUAGAGUGUACCCUUAGCACAUUUAUUGAUGACACCAAGUUGAGUGGUGCAGUUGACACAAUAGAAUGAAGGGACACCAACCAGAGGAUACUGGGACAGGAUCAAAAAGAGGGUACAGGAGAACCUAAGGAAGUUCAACAAGGUCAAGUGUGAGAUGUUGCAUUUGGGUCUGCAAUUGCAGAUACGAGUACAGACUGGGAGAAGAAAUCAUGAGAGCAGCCCUGUGGAGAAGAACCUAGGGGUCCUAAUGGAUGGAAACCUGUGCAUGGGGCAGCAGUGCGCUCUUGCAGCCUGGAAGACCAACAGUAUCUGGGGCUGCAUCAAAAGAGGAGUGGCCAGCAGGGAGGCGGAGGUAGCUGUCCCUCUCUGCUCUUCCCUCGUGAGACCCCAUCUGGUCUACUGAGUCCAAGCCUGGGGCCCCCAGCACAGGAAGGAUGUGCAGCUGUUGAGUGGGUCCAGAGGAGGAUCACGAGGAUAAUCAAAGAGCUAGAGCAUCUCCCCUGUGAAGAAAAGUUGAGGGAUUUGGCCUUCUUUAGCUUGGAGAAGGCCCUGAGGAGACCUCACUGUGGCCUUCCAGUGCUUAAAGAGAGAUAACAAGCACGAGGGGAACUGACUUUUCACACAGUCUGACAGUGACAGGACAAGCAGGAAUGGCUUUAAACUAAAAGUGGUUUAGGUUAGUUGUUAGGAGGAAAUUUUUUACUCAGAGGGUAGUGAGGUGCUGGCACAGGCUGCCCAGGGGGGUUGUGGAUGCCUCAUCUCUAGAGGCAUUCAAGCCCAGAUUGGAUGGCAUCCUGAGCAGUCUGAUCUAGCGGCUGGCAACCCUGCCCAUGGUAGCAGGGUUUGGAACUACAUGAUCUUUACGGUCCCUUCCAACCUAAGCCAUUCUAUGCUUCCAUGAUCCUGUCUUGUGUCACAAUAGGAAAGAAGGACUGCAAAGGAAAAAGGAAAAAAAAUUCCCAGUCCCCACCUACAAUUUUGUCCAAAAAGGCAGCCCUUUUCUCUUGAUGUCAGCAAGACUAAAAUAUCAUCUUAAUGCAUCUAUGUGCCAAAAAUCUCCUUUGAACAGUGAGGAUAAGUAAACAGGAUUCACUGUCAUUGAAGAAUAUCUUUAUGGGUGCCUUCCAGCUCAGAAUGUUCUGUGCUUCCAUGAUUCUGUGAAAAGUAUGCAGUGCAGGAAACCAAAAUAGCAGAAUUAUUCUGAGAAGUUAAAUUUCUUGCCACUUCCAUCAAAGCCAUAACUGGGGCUUUUUCCCACCAGUAAGAUUACAGAAAGUCAUUAUUUAUGGAGCUGAUAAGUACUGCUUUAGAUACACAAGAAGAAUGUAUUUUCUACCGAGCCCUUUUUCCUCCAACUUUCCUGUUGCUGUUGAAGCAAUACGUGCCUCUUUCAGUUGACUUGUUGAAACAGCAUCUUGUAUAGAAAUAAUGACUUAGAAUAAUCUUGUAAAGACAAAGAUAAGUAUAAAUAUGUCGUUGAAAAACUUGUCAGGUCUAGUAGCCUGUCUUAUUACUGUACAGAGUCCAAGGAGCAGUGAAGAGCAGUAGUCUGUUGGGCAAGGAGAAUGGGAAAGGAGAAAAACUAUGCAGGGGUUGUGAAACAGACUGGCAGGAUGCUGUCAGCAAGCUCCUUUUCCAUCACCAGCCUAGCUUCUAAACACUGCUAUGUCUUGUUUAAACGUCUCACAUGGUUCUGAUCGCAUCACAGGCAACAAGAAACUCAGACACUGUCUGCUGCAGACACUUGUGCUGUGUGCCUUGGCUGGGUUAAAGCAGGGAGCAGUGUGCAAGUUUCACAAUGCCCCAGCCAAGCGUGGAAGCAGGAACGCAGCAAAAUCCUCUACCUUAUUUUGGGGAUGGAGAUGGUGAACACUCUGGCUGAGGGAGGGCUUCCAUCCAUCUUAACCUGCACUCCCUGCUGCAGCAGGGAGUCUCCAGCAUCAGCAGAGCAGAGGAGGUGAAAGCACUGCACAAAUACCCCACAGUAAUGAAGACCAGAGCAGGGAGGAAACUAGAGAGGCAGCAGUUAUGACAGCAACAAAAUGACAAAGUGAACAAGUUUUUAAACAACAAAAAAAUAGGUCAGACUUUAUAGGAGUCUGCAAAAAUGUGACAUCUCAAAGAAGCUUUAUUAAAAUUUUUCAAGGCACUGUGCUAUUUGGUAGUGGAUUGUAUCUCCGGUCAAAUUUUCAUUAUGUCCUGUUUUCUGAACCUUUGAGAGACAUCCCUCAUGGAGCAUUUUCAGAAAUAGCAGCUGUUGGGUUAGAGUCACAAACAGCCACAGUUUGACUUGCCUUCAGAUGGAUGGUGUGGCAUGUGAACAAAUCACUGCAACAUGUGAUGCUGGUAUGAGUGUGCUGUUGUUCCACACUGCCUGGUUCCUUAAUCCAUGUGAUGAAACCUUUGCAAGAUCAAGUGUUUGUUGUGUAUAUUCAAGGGCUGUUGUUACUUCCCAUGAUGCUCUGUGGUUAGCGGCUUAUAGAGUGCCUUGCAGUGAAUACUGAAUGUACACAUAUACUUGCAAAUUCACUGGCUUUUAAAAGAAAAACCCAUAUUUAAAGCAAUGAUUAAAGUCUGACAGUGGUUUUUUGUAUGGCAGUCUUCCAUUUUUCUCUGGAGAGAAAAAUAGGGGACUCUGAAUUGUAUUACAGUUUAUCAAAUAAUCAAUGUUCUACUUCCAUUUUUAUUACACUUCUGCCAAUAUUAAUAUAUGAGACAAAGUCCUGAAACCAUUGAAAAUUGAGGUAAACCUCUAUGUCUUACACAGGUGCAGCAUUUCUCCCCUUUGUGAGCUAUUUUAUCCAUUGCCUCCACAAUAGUAAUUUUUUUCUUUCACUUCCACAAAUCAUUUUUUUCUGUUCUUUUGACAGGAUUACAUUGAAUUGCUGAAAAAUGUAAAUACGAUGUCUCUUUAUGCCCUCCCAACUUAAUAUAUCUAUAACUUGAACAACAAAUUUUUCUUAUACGUGUCUUCGUUCGCAGUGUUUUCUCUGGGAAAGGCUGAGUGGAGGACAGUGUUAAUAUUCUAUGCCUUCUAUUAGUUAAAAAAUGCUUUGUUCUUUUUGUCCUCAGUCUAUCUACAGGUGAACAAUUUAUUACCUUACAAUAAAAAGCUGAUUAGGCAGAUACAAACCUGAAACACAAACAGGAUAACACUGAUUGAGAGCAAAAUAUAGGUGAGGAGUUGUAUUGACUACUAUUUUGUUUUGUGAUGGUGGUUACAGUGCUUGCUUUUGACCCACUUCCUAUUUUCUCUGAUAUAAAUACUUUAAACUCUAUGAUAGAAAUCACUGGUAAUUCAGGUUUUACAGGCCCCUUACCAGGAAAUGAAGCUAAACAACAGAAAAGCCAAAUAAUCUUGGUGGUACAAAUGCCUCUCUCUCAUCCUCACAUUCAAAGGAAUAAUCAACAUUAUGAAAAGCUCCAUUUGAAAUAUUAAGUACUGACAUUCUAAGCUUAAAUCUUAAUUCAAAUGGGUUUUUAUGCACUUUGAAAUUAGGCCUGAAAGGUUCUGUGACAGGUCUUCAAGGCCCAGACUUGUGAAACUAAAAUACUUGCUUAGCAUUGACGUAGGUCCACAAGGAAUUGGGGAAUGGAUGUUCAAGGGACGAAACACCUCCCAUCAGAGGACAGGCAGAGAGAGCUGCAGCUGUUCAGGCGGGAGAAGGGAAGACUCCAGGUGUCCUGUUAGCAACCUUUCAAUAUCUAACGGGGAGACAGAAAAGGAGAGACUCAUGAGCAGGGUCUGUUGUAGUACGACAAGUGGAAAUGGCUUCAAAUUUAAAGAAGGGAGAUUUAGAUUGGAUAUAAGGAAGACACUUUUUCAAGAAGGGUGGUGAGACCCAGGAAGAGAUUGCCCAGAGAGGCAGUGGAUGCUGCAUCCUUGGAGAAACUCAAGGUCAGGGUGGACCGGGCUCAGGGCAACCUGAUGUCUCUGCAGGUGUCCCUGUUCAUUGCAGUUCUAGUUGAACUAGAUUGCCUUUAAGGAUCUCUUCCAACUAAAACAGUAUUAUCAUUCUAGGAAUAUUAGGCAUAACAGGCUGUCUAAAAUAGAUGUGUGGUUCAAAGUCUUCCUGAAAAUACUUUUGUCAGUUUUUCCUUCCUCCCUCCCCUUGCCUUCCUCUCCACCCUUCCUGCCUCCCUCUCUCUACCCCUGUCUCCCUGCUCCCUUCCUUCUCUUCCUUCUCUUCCAUCCUCCCUCCCUAGACUUUGUGUAACCACUCCUCAUCCUCGGGUGGACGUGGGAUUUCUGGAUGGCCCUGAAGAAGCUGUGGCUGGACCUGGCCUUCUCAGUCACUCUUGGAGGUUGUUGCCACCAUCUGCGUCGUCCUCCUCCUCCACACACCUCUCUACCACCCACGUUCAGGCCUCUAUCAGAUUCUGCAGAGCUGAGCUGCAGCCGUGGAGGGGCAGGCUGCAAACCAAGCGAGGGGCUCAGGGGGUUUGUACCAUCAGCUUCAGUUGAUGAGCUCAUGAGGAGAAAGCGUAAAGCAAAUGCACCAAACAAAGCCUCAGUCCCCUUCGUAUGGACAAGUCUACCACGUGCAUUCCCCGCCUCACUUUGUGAAUUCUCUAGCCCCAAGUUUCCCCAUUCCUGCCUUGGAUCUCACAAGCCUGCAAGCAAAAGAGCUGCUGAGCUGACAGCGAGUCUUAAUCUUCCUCCUCUGUCCUGCUGAGGCCAUCUGCAGCCUCACAGCAGAAGCACGAGAGCCUUUGCAGCCCGGCUGCUUGCUGGCCCACUUCCAAAGCUUUCUGGGUAAGCAGGCGCACACAUCCCUCCCGCUGAGUUGGUCUGUGCCAUUUCAACUAGGGGCCUGCAGCCAGCCCCGCCCGGGCGGGGCAGCGGGUCACAGUGGGGCCCUUUGUGACCCGUCCCUGGCACACCCCGGGGUAGCUGGCACUGACACGGCAGCCCUGCAGCGUCCGGCAGGACAGCGAGGGGACAGGGCAGGAGUGUGCGGGUCUGGCGAGGAGCCCCCGAGUGCAGCCUACGUCAUUUCCCUCUACCCCCAGCAGCCCCGUGGCUGUUCCCUCCCCAACCUCAGCCCUCAUCCCUCAGGAUGGAGAGGAAACCUCCCAGAUCCCCCAGGGUGGCCUGGGAGAAGAGUGGGGCUCCCCAGGAGAGAAGACCUCCACCGGAGCCCUACCAGGUGACCGAGGUGCAGCCGCUGCAUGCUGAUGCUGACUGGCUGCAUCUGUGCGUAGUGGAAGAAGUGGUCAUAGAUGGCAUCAAAGCCUACAUCAACAGCACGGAAAAGGAUCUGGUGCAGAAGAUGCAGUUCCUGAACUGUAUCAUCACACUGUGCAGCACUGCCAGAAAUAAGGGCUUGACAGAGGGCCUGGAUGUCUUCUGCCACAGGAACAAGCUGGCAGAGAACGUUGAGGUUCUUAUGUGUGAGGAGCCCAGGGAGCAGCUGUGCACAGCACUGCGAUACCACACCAUGAACGCUAUUGCUGCCUUGAGCAGUGUGAAGGCAAUUUCGGAGGAUGAAAUAGUACACCUCUUAAACAUAUGCUUCAACGUCAUCUUCUGCCUUCCUCCCAAAGAGAGCUUGAACAUUUGCCUCUACAACCAUACCCUGCAUGCUAUGGACAACAUGCUGAAGGUGUUGCUAGACAGCCAUCCUUCCUCCAGCAUCCAUAACCAGCUGCAGAGUAUCUUGGAGGUGCUGCUGCCCUUCACUGUCUCCCAGAGCAAAACUGUGUGUGAGAGGGCUUUAAAUCAGAUGUGGAAGCUUAGUGGUUUCAUGACCAAGAGUUUCUGGCAGCAGCCAGUUGGUAAAAACCUCCACCCUUCUCAGAGGACAAAGAUCGUCCUUAUGACCCUUGAGAAGAUCAUUGGAGACUACAGCUUUGAUGAAAAGAAGUGGGCUGAGACUGUACUGGAUAUGGUUCUGAGAGACCCUGGAACCUGGCUGAUAGAUGUGCCAGAGAUUCUGAGGUCGAUCCAUAGAAACCUGGAAAUCAACACCACAUCACUUCAGCAAACACUCCUCUCUUUGCUGGAUGUGCUGACCAACCGGUUUCCCAGGGAUGCGCUGAUGAGUGUGUUAACUGACCUCCCACAGAGUGACAGCACUACCCUGGACAUCUGGAAGAGAAUGCUUUCCCUGACAGGAACUUCAGAGAGGAUCCUGGAAGAACUGCGCCAUGUUCUCCAGGACCCAGAGCUGUGUGGGGUCUUUAAUAUCACCACAGAGGAUUCUGGCCUCCUUUCCUUGACUAUGAUGCAUCCUACUGAUGAGAUCCUGAACAAGUUAUGUAACCCAGCACUGCUGCAGAGGUGUUUGAAGACUGAAAGCCUGCCAAUACUCUGGCUGGCGCUCAGGGGCCUUGGCCUUCUGUCUGAGAGACCUGAGACGGCAAGAGAAAUAUGGGCCCUGCUUCCAGACAUCAUGGAGACCCUGCAGUUUGCCAACAUGCACAUUGUUCUGAAGGUGCUGAAUAUCUGCAGACUUCUCAUGAGUUAUCUGGGGAAGAGAGAGGCCAGUCCCAUUGCUCUGAAGCUGGCUCAGAAGCUCCUGCCUCUAUUUAAUCACGUGUCAAGUGAGGUGCGAGAGUGUUCCAUCCGCCUCUUCAAAGAUGUGACAGAGGCUGCGGUGUGGUGGAAAAAGGGAACCAUGAAGAAGAACGUGCGCAGGGGCCUGCUCCCUCUGCUGUUUCACAUGAGUGAUGAGACCCCGAGUGUUGCACAGGCCUCUAGGGAAACCCUCGUUGCUUGUGCGAAAUGCCUGAAGUGGAAGGAGCUCAAGCACAAGGCCCGCGAGGAGAACAUAGUGGGGAUCAGGAAGUGCUUGCUGCAGCAGGACAGGAGCAGAGUGGAAGGAUACCUUUGGCAGAGCCUGCCAUACCUGAAGGAUUCUCAGGCCUCUUUGCGAUCUGAGGCUGUCAAAUUCAUUGGGCUGGCUCUGCAGCACUCCUGGGACCAAACUGAGGAAAAACUGAAUGAAAUCUGCAGUGCCCUUCAGCCUUUGGAAGAUGACGCCGAUCCAGCAGUCUGUAACCUGGCACGUGGGACGAUCCUGAUGCUGAGUCGUCAAAGGCAGCAGGCAUCAUCGGCACGGAGCAGGCUUGCAGCGCUGUGGUGCUGGCUCUGAAAAGCCACCUGUCCUGCAAAAGAUGACCCUGAUCAAUAAACUUCAA